GAUGUUUUUCUGGCUUCCCGAUUGGAUCGGGAAUCGAUCGAUCGAUAUCAAUUACUCGUUCGUGCAACCGAUGGAGGUCACCUGUUCGAUCAUCUUUUGCUCGAGCUUCUGAUCACUGAUGACAAUGACAAUUGGCCAGUUAUGAUGCAAAACAAUUACGAGAUUACCCUAUUCCCACACGAGUACAAUGCCAGUCUCGUGCCGGAAUUUCCCGUCCGAACGAGUCUGUUUGUCAAAGCGACCGAUGCAGAUUUACCCGAGAACUCCCAUCUGGUCUAUCGCAUCUUCCAUCCGCCCAGUCAUGCGAAUCGUGCCACAGAAUCACUGAGCCAGACAUUCACCGUGGAUCCGCAAUCCGGUCAGCUUAUUGUUCAACACGCCAUCACUCGAGCCGAUCUAGACGAAUGGCAAUUGUUUGUGGAAGCUUGUGAUUCUCUGAACACCGGUCUCUCGUCGACGCAUUGCUCCAGUCCUGCCAAGGUGCACAUUCGUUUGGCCGCUCGUGAACCACCCAAUCUACCGCGGAUUCAUUGUACUGCCGGUUCUGUUUUGGAGGAUGAUCGGGUCUCUGAUCGGGAGGUGGCUUUAUGUCAAGUUCAACCCACCAAUUUGACUGGGGACUGGAUGUUGACGAGCGUGACCGUGUUGCACACGGGGCAGCAUGUGUCCGCGUUUCGCUUGGAUCGUCAUACGGGCCGAGUGUUCACAACCCGACCGCUGGACUAUGAAGUUGCAUCUGCCUAUCGUUUGCGUGUUCAGUUCCGAUUAGCCAACUUCAAACCAGUCGUUUUGGCCCACACCGAAUUCGUUGUACAAUUGGUGGACGUGAAUGACUGCACACCGCAUCUGGAUUCCCCCAUAUUUGAAAUUCCACCUGGUGGUCAGUUUUGGCUGGCUGUCCAGAUUGGCUUGUUUCACGCUGUGGUUUCAUGUACUACCUUGACCUUCGUUGCUCACAAAAAAUGA